UCCCAAUUAACAAAUCCAAGUCAAAAGUCAAAACUCAACUUAGAUACAACUAGAUUAGCCGUAAAUCCAGUAGUAGUAAACAUAACACCACCAAAAACCCAACAAAACAAACCCAGAUUAUUCGGCUUUCUUCUCUUUACUCUCUCCUUCAAUCAGUCCACAUUAUUCUGUAACACACAUACAGCUUAACAAUGGUGAAACUAUCAGUAAUUCUUUACAUAACCAUCGCAAUAUCCGUCAUUUUCUUCCUCUCUCGCUCACCAAACCUCAACAAUUCUCACCAUCAAACAACCUCAUCAUUCCAACGAAACAACCACCGCCGACUAAAACUCCGGUCAAAUUUCACCUUCACAUCACAAGACCACCUCGAGCACCCAGACCCACAACUCCAAUUCCGGCACCACCACCAUGACGCGGUUGCAUUCGAUCCAGUUGUAGCGGAGAUUGAGCGACACCGCGAAGAUAAAGAGUGGGAGCGCAUGUACUUCGAGGAACACCACCAAGAGAUCGCCGGCAUUGCGCACCAUGAAGAGGAGAGAGAAAAUCAUGCGGAGGGGUAUGAGAAGCAACCAGAGUGGGAGGAUUUUAUGGAUGCGGAGGAUUAUUUGAAUGAUGAAGAGAAAUUUAAUGUUACUAAUAGAUUGUUGGUUUUGUUUCCUAAGAUUGAUGUUGACCCCAUUGAUGGGUAUGUUACUGAGAAUGAGUUGAUUGAGUGGAAUUUACAGCAGACGGAGAGAGAAGUUUUGCAUAGGACUCAAAGGGAAAUGGAAGUUCAUGAUAAGAAUCGUGAUGGGUUUGUUUCGUUUUCUGAGUAUGAUCCUCCUAGUUGGGUUAAAUCUGCAGAUAAUAAUACCUUUGGAUAUGAAAUGGGUUGGUGGAGAGAGGAGCACUUCAAUGCUUCUGACGUGAAUGGAGAUGGUCUCCUGAAUAUUACAGAGUUCAAGGACUUCUUGCACCCUGCUGAUACCAAGAACCCAAAGCUACAUCAGUGGUUGUGCAAGGAGGAAAUUCGGGAAAGGGACACAGAUAAAGAUGGCAAGGUCAAUUUCAAUGAAUUUUUUCAUGGACUUUUCGAUUUGGUGAGGAACUAUGAAGAAGAAGGACAUGGGCACAAUUCUACACAUCAUACAGAUGAUUCUAUUGAAACUCCUGCUGCUAGGAAACUGUUCAACGAGCUUGACAAAGAUGGCGAUGGGUUAUUGACAGAGACAGAGUUGUUACCUAUUAUUGAUAAGCUUCAUCCUUCAGAACGGCAUUAUGCCAAACAGCAGGCAGAUUACAUCAUAUCCCAGGCUGAUACAAAUAAAGACGGGCGCCUUUCUCUGGCUGAGAUGAUUGAGAAUCCCUAUGUUUUCUACAGUACUAUAUUCAGUGAUGAAGACGACUAUGACUACCAUGAUGAGCUUCGUUGAUUUUGCAGUAGGUAUUGAGAAUGAUUGCGGGAUGAAAAUUUUCUCUCAAAUUUUCAAGUAACAGUUGCAAUUUGUUGUAGAGUUAGUCAAAUUUUUGAUUGUGAAUCUCAGGCUGCGAUAGGAACUUUGUUAUUGGUUAAAUGACAUCAAGAACUUGACUUUCAAGCAGUGACAUAGUUUAUGGACCUUUGUAGUUUCACUCUCCUUAUUUCACGUAUUUGUAGUUAUACUAGUAAUUUGGUUUGUUAAUAGCUGUAUGAUAGGAAACAACAAUCACAGCCACCUAUAAACGGGCCAUAUAGUUCAAAAUAGAUGUAUUACGAUGAAAGGGGUUUAAGUUUUGGCUUCAUGCCAAUCAAUAUAAAUGUAACCCAAUCAAACAUCAGUAUACCUAGUAGGUUUAUUUAUAUUUCAUCAGUUAUGCAUGAAUUUUGUAUGGUGAUAAA